CUGAGUCGUGCACAUCUCCAUGUGUUACUAGCACGUGAGCGACUGUAUUCAUUGCCAGCCGCCGCCUCCAUCUCCAGAGCGUGGUUUGAGACAGCAGGCUCGAAGACAAUGUUUUGGCGGAGCAUAUUGCCAGUACUGUGUCUUGUUUGUUCUUCUCUGCGAUGCACCAAUGCAAACCCAUAUUGUCCUGCUCAAUGGACGCCGUACAUGAACUCGUGCUACCAGCUACGCGGGCAAACGAGCUUCACUGCAAAAAUCUGGGUCGCUGCGCGUUCUGAUUGCCGCAGAAACACGCCGAUGGCCACGGGCUACUUGGCAAGCAUACACUCGCAACAAGAACAGAACUUCGUGCAAACGAUGAUACAGGGGACCGUCAACAUUUCUAACGUGCAGUCCGUCUUUCUUGGUUUGUCGUCGCGCAGGUCGAGCGGUGGCUACGGAUGGAGCGACGGCACGGCCGUGUCGUACACACACUGGAAGUCCGGUUUCGUCACCGAGCAGGGCAAGCAGUGCAUCGCAAUUGGAACGAGCAACGGAUACUGGAACGACAGAAACUGCGACGACAGGGCGGCUUAUGUAUGCAAAAUGAGGAUGAUUAACUCGACCGUCUCACCAACUCGGGCUCCUCCUACGAAAGCGAGUGUCUAUUGCCCGUCCGGCUGGGAUCAGUAUGCCGACCGUUGCUAUUGGUACAGCAAUUCUAAUCGUGCGACCUACGACACGGCCAUCUCGUACUGUCAGGCGAGAGGUGGAGAUCUCGUCAGUAUCAACAGCGUGUACGAACAAGCGUACGUGUUGGCGAAAUUGCGUGGAAAAGGCAACGUUUGGCUCGGACUGAAUGAUAUCAGCAGAGAAGGCGAAUACGUAUGGACAGAUGGCAGUGACGUCUCAUUUACCGAUUGGGGAUUUGGCGAGCCGAACAGUCACGCAGACCACGAAGACUGUGUCGAGUUGACGGCGAGUACGGGGCUUUGGAAUGAUCGCGUGUGUUCGGGAACACUCUCUUACAUGUGUGAGAAGGCCGCAACUCAAAUAUACCCUCCUGCAUCUACAGCAACAAAUUGUCCAACUGGCUGGCUUUCAUACAACGGUCACUGCUAUUUCUUUAAUGCUCAUGCCAAUUUGAACAACACGAUGGCCCAGUCGUACUGUGUGUCUCAAAAUUCUCAUCUUGCUCAUAUCAAUGAUAUCUAUGAGAACGCUUGGAUCGCUAGUCAGUAUCCGUUGGUUGGAGGCAUGCCUAUUAGAAACAAUCGCUCUACUCACUUUUGGAUCGGACUCAAUGAUCUAAAAACUGAAGGACUUUACACGUGGACGGACGGUUAUCCUGUCGAGAUCACGUCGUGGAGGAAAGGAGAACCGAAUGAUUAUAAUCACGGAGAAGACUGCGUUGAGUUCUUUUUGCUUCCGUCGUCUCGUCUGAUCAACGGUGUGUGGAAUGAUCUGUUUUGCAACCAGAAGUUGGGAGUCUUGUGUGAACGACGACAGACAAACGCUCGUCCAACUACGGCUCCUCAACCUACAACAGCAGCGCCCGGUAAUUGUCCUAAUGGACUCCUUCUUUUCAACAACUAUUGCUACAUGUUCAAGUCUCUUCUUCGACUCAGUUGGACUCAAGCCGUUCAGCGAUGUCGACAGUACGGGGCUGAUCUCAUUAGCAUACACAGCACGGCCGAACAGAACUUUGUUAUGAAGCAUGCCAUAAGUUCUGGCUUCUCGCGAUCUCUAUGGAUUGGUCUCGGUGAUCGCAAUGUCGAAGGAGGUUACGUGUGGUCGGAUGGCAGUCCAGUGCAAUACACAAACUGGAACAAUAAUGAACCAAACAACUACUACGGACAAGAAGACUGCGUUGAAGCUUAUUUGUCUAGAAACAACAAAAAUUGGAAUGACCAGACUUGCGAGCAACUUCGAUAUUUUGGCUGUAAGAUCAAGUUAGGAAAGACGUUGAUUAUGCCAACAGCUACGGCUCCAUCGUAUAUCGGUUAUCCGUGUUCAGCGUCGUCUAACACAUAUUCUCACGGUCCUUAUUGCUAUACAAUAGUUAAAGAUCCAAAAAUUUGGAGCGCUGCUUCGCAAGACUGUAAAGCGAAUUACAACGGUCAUCUCGUCAGCAUUACAAGUUUGGAUGAAGAAGAAUUUUUAGCCAAUACGGUCAAGACCAUCAAUGACACAUCUCUCACAACUCACGCAUGGAUUGGGUUAAACGAUCAGGGCAAGGAAGGAACGUUUGAGUGGUCAGACGGUUCUCCGAUAAACUUCAUCUAUUGGUAUCAAGGUGAACCAAACAACGUUCAGAGUGAAGACUGCGUAGAGCUUGUGAAAGGAUUGUACUGGAACGACAUUGCUUGCUCAGAAACUUACUCAUACAUUUGCAAAUCUGUUAGAAGUGGUGUUACCGUUUCCCCUCCCAACUACAACAACGUGACCAUUUGGGGGUAUUGUCCUGACGGUUGGCAAACGUUCGGAUCAUAUUGCUAUCAGCUCAACAAAGCAGCCAUGACGUGGCCUGACGCUGAGAAAACUUGUGUAACCUCGGGUGGUCACUUAACCAGCAUUCUCACGACAGCCGAGAGCACCUUCAUCCAGCGCCACGUUAUGAAUAGUGUCCAAAACGCCUGGAUUGGUUUGAAUGAUCGUGAAAACGAGCACACGUUUGUGUGGACGGAUGGUUCACCGGUUAUGAUAGUUUCUUGGUGGAGAAAUCAACCUAAUGAUUAUGAUGGCCAACAGAACUGUGUUUAUAUGAACAGAGCACAAGGUCGUUGGAAUGACAUCACAUGCGGUCGUAAAUAUUCUUUUGUUUGUAAAAUGCCAAAAAUUCACUAUCCGAGCACAGCUCCUCCAUCCGUUCCUCCAGCGUAUACGGCAACUUGUGUGUCAACGUACGAUCAGUGUGUGCGGGCGAACAAGGGAUGUCAACGAGUGACUUGUCCAAGCUAUUGCCAAACUGGUGAUGUGUACGGAUGGCAGAUUUAUAGUAGUGAUUCCAGUAUUUGUCGUGCCGCAACUCAGGCAGGAUUGCUCAUGAAGAAUUCUAGUAGUACGGUGAUUGACGUGUUACCCUUAGAAGGUCGUGAUUUCUACAGUUCUGCAAUUGAAAAUGGCGUCUUCUCAAUGUCACACGGCCUGUCAGACAUGUCCUUCUCUUUCAAGUUGCAAUCUGGCGGUAUGUGUGAUCCAGGCUGGAUCUCUAAUGGUCAUGCUUGCUAUCUGUUUGUUGCAAGUUCAAACACUGCGUCUCGGUCUUGGUCUCAAGCUCAAAAAACGUGUCGUUCUCUUGGUGCUUAUGUCACUGUCGUUGAUAGCGCGCAGGAGCAGGCAUUCGUUCAGUCUCAGCUGCCACCCGCAGCUGGUCAAGUGUGGAUUGGACUCAUCGACAAGUAUCGGAGAGGCAGUUUUGUUUGGACGGAUGGUACACCCUUGCAGUUUAACGUGUGGGGGGACGGUCAACCUGUUUACUCCUCUCAAAGCAAGCAAAAUUGUGUUCUCAUGAAUCCUAAUGGUGGACAAAAAGCAGGCACGUGGAUUACUGCAGAUUGUUCCAGUGUGGCAGGAUACAUAUGCGAGAAAUUCGUUGAAACUGGCGUGCCUACUACUAUUACAAUAAUUCAAGGAGGUUGUCCGGACGGUUGGGUGUUACUGGAUGACACUUGUUACUGGGCUACUCGUCCCGACUGUGUCGGUGAUUGCUUUCUGCCGUGGUCCAAUGCUCGUGCAGCAUGCAUGGCAAUGGUUCCCGGUGCCGACCUAACGAGUGUUAACACUUACAAUGAGCUGAUACAAGCACAAUACGUACUGCCGAGACUUGGCUGGGGAGACGUGUGGAUUGGACUGAAUGACAUUAAAACGGAAGGUGCAUACGUUUGGUCGGACGGCAGUCCGGUCGGAGAGAGAGGAUUGGAUUGGGCGCCGGGUGAGCCCAACGACAAGAACAAAACUCAGAACUGUGUCGCUAUGCUGUCGGAUGGCACAAUAACCGAUCAGGAUUGCUCGAUACCAUAUCCUUUCGCUUGUGAAAUACCGCUAUCUGCUUCUCCUCAUCAUCAAAAGAGCAGUGGAGGUCUGUCAUCGGGCGGUAUAGCUGGACUCGUGAUCGGCAUGCUUGCGACUGUAAUUAUUGUCGUUAUUGUCACUAUUAUUAUGCGUAAACGUCGAGGCGCAACUUCUGUCGGACGUUACACUACAAUGGAGCAUGAUGGCGAUGAUCACGAUGAGGGACUGUUGGGUCGUAGCGAUGCUACAGAUGACGACGACGAGGAGUUGGUGAAGGCCUAACGUUUCUAAAUGCCGAAACAUACACGAAUCAAUACACUGAGGGUAGCUGUUCGUCAUAUUUUGGAACAUGUUUGCUUUUUAUUCGCUGGUGUGCAGUUGUUGGUCUCUAGACGGUAGAUGUACAUUGAUGUCAAAUAUUUGCUUAUAACAAUUAAGGCGGGCGGUACUCUACUAGAUCCAUUAUGUGUAAAGCGAUUGAA